CUCGAAGCGUACACUUCUAUAGGUUCCCUGUUAUAUCCCGACAUGGAAGAAAAGUAAAAUACAAAAGUAAAAUUCUGGUAAAAUCGUGCGUGGUAUAUUUCGGUGCAAAGCGAAGUAAAACGAAAAAGACAUAAAUAGCACUUGUUUAGCGAUCCUGUCUUUUAGAAAAGAUUGUAGUCCUAAAAGUGCUUAAUAUUCGCAACAUGUUUUCUUCAAGUUUACUUGUUGUUGGUCUCAUAUCCAUUACUCAGGGUCUCACAGAUUCAGUUGCUGAAGACAAAAAGAUACUGGCCGGUACAACUGUGACUCAGGUUCUUUUACGAGAAAAUCGUUUUAACACCUCUAUCUGCGGCGGAGCUUUGUUUCACCCUUAUUACGUUAUUACCGCUUCCCAAUGUGUUUUACAUUACCAUCCUCAUCAGUUAAGUGUAUUCUUUGACACGCCAUUAUAUGACAAAAAAUAUAAUUAUACUAUUCAAAAAAUAAUUAUACAUCCAUACUAUGAAUACACUAGCGGGAUGCAUGACAUCGCAUUGAUCAAACUGUCAUCGCCAGUUCCUAAAGGCUCAGGUAUUCUAUAUGGAAUUAUGCCUGAACCGGAUGAAAAUAUCAUGAAUGGAAGGCCAGUGACAGUUGUCUCAUUUGGUAAAAGAUUGAUCUUCAAUCAGGUACAAUUGUUACACAACAAAUUGAAUAUAGUCAGUUGGAGAAUUUGCAAAAGCGAGUAUGAACGCUUUGGGUUUCUUAUUACCCAAAAUUAUGUCUGCGCACGUAAUGCGAGUUUAGGAAGCUGCAUCGGUAGUGUGGGCUUUCCAUUGGUCGAUAUGCAAAAUCGAUUUAUUGGAAUCGCAACAUUUCCGUUUAGGUGUGGACCACUGCCUAAAAGUAAUCUCCCGAGUGUGUACAUCCGGGUAUCUUCAUAUUUUUAUUGGAUCUAUUUGACAGUUUUUCUUAAUACACCGACGACAUACCACCAAUAGGUUAUGAAUACUAACGAAAUUACAAAAGUACAUUUGUAAAAAUUCACACGCUUGACUCCUCAAUACGCUUAUCUAAUUUUUAUUUUUAACUUUAAGAAAUUAUUGUUAUAUUUAUUUUUUUAUUUUUAAUAAAUAAAUCUUGCAUAAAUAAAUAUAAAAUAAUUAUGAACAAAGUAAAUGUAAUUGUUUUAGAAAUUAAGGAAGCAAACAUUCAAGUUAAUAUUUAUAAGUUUUGACAUCUUUUUUCUUUAGUACUUUGUGUCGUAUAUGUUUGCAAACAAAAAUCAAAAAAUAGUGUUUUUAAGAUAACGAAUUAGAAUAAGCGUUUCAGAGUUUAAAAUAAGUUAUGUAUAUAAAAUACAAAAUAUUCCAACGUAUUGUUGGAAUAAUCAUUAAAAUAUACGGUGAUAAAUUUCCAAAAUGUCACCUUUUGUUAUGCCAAUAUUAACAUUAUAUUUGUACUUUUCACUAGAUAU